AUGGCAGAAGUGCCUUCUACAUUCAAAAGAUCACCUUCAAUUCUUAAUACCUCUCAACAAGUUUCUACACUUCAAAACGAAGGGUCUAGUAAUAAUGCCCUUGAGCAAUAUACUCAAGCAAAAUUAUUUAGAAAUAGUCUUAAAAAUUUAAAAAAGGCUUUAGAUAAAGAAGUCGGAAUUAUUAGAAGCAUGAAUUUAAAUGAAUGUGCAAAAGCUGUUGCCGAAUUAAAAGAUACAACAGAAGAACAUUCAUAUGUUAGAGCAGUGUUAUGUGAGUUUGAAGCAUCAAUGAGAUUAUUAAAUGAAAAAUUACAAAAUGCAGUAAGCCUUAUGGAGAAACAAUGUUUAGAACCAAUGAAAAAUUUUAUUGAUUAUGAUUUUAAAGAUAUUCAUUCAUUAAAACGACAAUAUGAUGAAUAUACUACAUCACGUUCAUCAAAAACAACUCAACACAAAGAAAAAGGAAAAAAAAUUGAGGAGAUUAUACAAUUAUUAAAUGAUAAAAUUGAAGAAUUCUCAUUAAAACAAGAAACAAAAUUACUUGAAUAUCUUAGCCAAUUCUGGAUUGCUAUGCAAGGAUUAGGUAAUUGUAAAUUAUCUCAUAUGGAUGAACUGGCUAAAGAAAUUUCUACUAAAAAUCGAACAACAAAAAAAUUAGUUAAUGCAACUAAAGAAGGUCAUUUGUUCAUUAAAAAAAAAUUUGGAUGGGUUUCAAAUUAUUUUAUUUUAAAAGAUGGUAAAUUAAUACAUUAUCGAUCAAGUGAUAAUUUCUUGAUUUAUGACUUAGUUAUCUGUACUGUUCGGUUAGCAAAAAAUGGGCAUGAAAUUUGUGAUGAUAAAAGUAAUAGAUUUGAAUUAGUUGUUGCUAACCCAAAAAAAAUGAAAACUAUUUUGUUAAAAGCAAAUAGUCCAGAAGAACGUGCUGAAUGGAUGGAAAAAAUUACAAAUGAAAUUCAAAAUGCCCUAAGUCAAAAUGAUUCUACUUCUAAAUCAGGAGGUAUUGAAAGAAGGUAUAAAAUUACUUGUGUAAAUUCUACUACAACAGAAUUAUCUAGAAUUACUGGUAUUUUAUCAAGUAUUCCAGGAAAUGAUCGUUGUUGCGAUUGUUUUUCAUCAGAUCCUGAUUGGGCUAUUAUUAAUAUGGGAAUAUUAGUAUGUCAAAGGUGUAGUGGAGUACAUCGUGGAUUAGGUGUUCAAAUUUCUAAAGUACGUAGUCUUGUAUUAGAUGUAAAGAUAUGGACACCAGAAUUAAUUCAACUAUUUAUUAAUUUUGGAAAUAAACGAGUCAAUUCUUUGUUAAUGGGAACAGCAACUCAAGAAGACUUUGUUCAAUUUAGAACUAUUCAAUCACAAACUCAAAGAGAAGUAUUAAUUAAAAUGAAAUACCUUAAUGGUAAAUUUGCUGUAUUUGAUAUAAAAAGAAGUGUAGGUAAAAUUGAACCAAAUGAACAAUCAUUAAAACCAAUAAGAGGUCACACAAAAGCAUUUAGUAUAACUUCUACUAGUGAUUUAAUUAGUGAAGAUAAAAAAACUUUAAAACAAAAAGAAUUACCAAAUAAUUUGUUAUUACUUAAAGAAAUUAUUGAAAGGAAAUUGACAUUUGAAAAACUAACUUUAAUGGUAUAUGAAGGAGAUAUUGCCAACAUUCUUCUUGCAAUUCUAAAUGAUUUUGAUAUAAACGCAAAAGAUAAACAUGGAUGGACUUUAUUACAUUAUGCUGCUUGGUUUAAUAAAAGUCAUAUUUGUUCUAUGUUAAUGAGAUAUAAUGCAAAUGAUGAAAGUUCUGAUAAUAAUGGAUUAACACCAAUAGUUGUAGCUGAUUUUAAUCAUGCAGAUGAAGCAGUAGAUAGUUUAACUGGAAUAGAACCUAUUCCAUUUUCAAUAAAUGAUGUGAACUCUAAAAUUAUGGAAGGAAAUACUUUUGAAGGAUUACAAUUUAAAACAUAUCCUAUUGUCCUGUAUCCUCAACUCUCUGUUAAUGAACAAACAAAACACCGACAAUCUAGAAGUAAAGAUGGUUAUUUUGUUAAACCUCCUCCGAAUUUAAUAACUUCUUCUCAAUUAACACCACUAUCCCUUUCAAAUAAUGAAUCACCAAGUUUAAUGCCAACACCAACCAAACCAAAUAAAAUGCCUCUAUUUAAAAGAAAUCAAUCCCCUAAAAAAUCAAGUAUUCAAGUACAUUCACCUUCAUAUUCUGAAGAUAAAUUUUUUGAAUUAACAAAGUAA